CCGGCUCCUCAUCUCUACCGGAUCUACCGGAUCUACCGACUGCACCUGUUUUUUUUCUGCUCCUUUUUGUGUCGGUGUCGUCACCGAACAACAACAGCACGCGCACUGACGCAGGACGGCACGAGACACAGAGGGGGCCCACGUCCACGGAGGACCGUCAGUCCACGGAGGACCGUCAGACCACGGUGGUCAUGGACUAACGGACGGACCGUAUGGAGGGAGAGGAGGCACCGAGCCUAGAUCCCCGAGCCUAGAUCCUCGAGUCCAGGUCCAUCCGGUUCAUGGUUUUAUCCGCAGUGACACACCGAGCACCGAGCAGCAUGUCGAGGCAGCAGCAGCACCGAGCGCCGUUAAAGCUCCCCGACAGCACCGGCAGCAUGGUGGAGGUGAAGAGCAAGUUUGAAGCAGAGUACCGUCGUUUCGCUCUGAAGAGGAACGGCCCAGGGGGCUUCCAGGAGUUUUACCGCCUCCUCCAAACCAUCCACCGUAUCCCGGGAAUGGACGUGUUGCUGGGAUACGCCGACGUACAUGGAGACCUGCUGCCAAUCAACAACGACGACAACUUCCACAAAGCCGUGUCGUCGGCAAAUCCUCUGCUGCGGAUCAUCAUCACCAAAAAAGAGGACGAACCCGUGGUUUUUGGCACCAACUCCCUGCAGAGGCGUAAAAAGGGGCUGGGCUUAACAGGCCUGCGGACAACGGGCUCAGGCUCCACCCACUCUAAGAACAAACCGGGUCUGAUGAUUGGUCUGCCGCAGAACUUCAGACAGAUCUCGUCCAUCAUCGACGUGGACAUCCUUCCGGAGACGCACCGACGCGUCCGACUGCACAAACACGGCACGCACAAACCGCUGGGCUUCUAUAUCAGGGACGGCGUGAGCGUGAGGGUGACCCCGCAGGGCGUGGAGAAGGUUCCUGGCGUGUUCAUCUCUCGUCUGGUUCGUGGCGGGCUGGCAGAGAGCACGGGGCUGCUGGGAGUCAACGAUGAGAUCCUGGAAGUCAAUGGCAUCGAUGUGGCGGGAAAAUCUCUGGACCAGGUGACGGACAUGAUGGUCGCCAACAGUCACAACCUCAUCGUGACUGUUAAACCGGCAAAUCAGAGGAACAAUGUGGUUCAUCGUGGGAGUAAAACCUCCAUGGGGAACUCUGGCUCUGUCGGUUCAGCUGGCUCUGCAGGGUCAGCUCUCUCACAUGACUCACCAAGCCCCGCCUCCCAGAGCAACCCCAUCACUGCAAGCAACAGCAUUGCUGAGGGUGACAGUGAUGAUGACGAUGAUGAUGGUGACAUCAUCCUGGAGAAUGAUUGCCUGCCGCCGUUCGACCAUGGCACCAACGCCAACCUACACAGAGACUCACCUGGCAGCAGGUCGCUCACUUCGGCCACGGUUAGGCCCCUCCCACAAAGCAUCUCGCUGCCCACUAGUGUUGGAGCGUCCCUGAACGACAGCUCAGCACUGUCCAAUCACAACGGUAACCCCGCCCACACGACCAGCAGCAGCCAGGAGAGCAUGAGAGAGGACGGCAAUAUCAUAACACUGUAGCUGUGAUGACAAUGCAAUGGGGACUGUAGAUGUCAAUAAAAAGUGGGCGGGGCUUGGACCAACAACUAACCUCCUGGUCAGCUUCACUGGAUCGAUACGGCAGUGUGAAGGAACACAUGUCUGAACGUUUACACGGAUUAUUGAUUAUUGAUUAAAGGAUUACAUGUUUACUGAUCAAUAAGGACUUCACAGAAGAUCCCCGAUCAAUAAGAUCGCCGAUCAAUAAGGACUUCACAGAAGAUCGCCGAUCAAUAAGGACUUCACAGAAUGUUCGUGAUCAAUAAUUUCCCUAUAAGGGUCUGUAUGAUGUCAACAUGGAUUAAUAAUCACCUGUACCAUUAAAUGAUUUUAUUGAUCCUACAGCCUCAUCAGAAAGAUCAAUAAUAGAAUCACCAAUAAUCAUUGAUUAUCAUUAACAUCAUCAAUGACUUCUGAUUACAUAAAAUCUAAGAAACAAAGUCUGGUUUAUACUUCUGUGUCAGAUCCAUCCAGAGGGUUUAACGUCUGCAGCACAUUCCAAAAAAGUUAGGACGGGGUAGUGAAAGAUUGGGAAAGUCGUGGAAUGUUUAAAAACACUCAGAACAUUCCAAAGGUCAGAAGGCUAACUGGUGAUUGGCUGUCCUUUUUAUGUCAGUGAGACAAUACCAAGACACAUUCCACAGGAGUUACAACAUCAUGGCUUCACGUAAUGUUGUAAUGCUUUCAUGAGAUCAUCUAAGUCAGAGGAUGGAAUGUUGGUGAAGCUGAGGAUGUUGGGGGCCGAUGACCUCUGUUUUUGCCCAGUGGAAGGCCGUAGU